AUGGCUUCAUCUAGUUCUAGUUAUACGAAUUCUCCUUGCGCCGCGUGCAAAUUCUUGAGGAGAAAAUGCAUGCCGGAUUGCAUAUUUGCUCCCUAUUUCCCACCUGAGGAACCACAAAAGUUUGCAAAUGUCCACAAGAUAUUUGGUGCCAGCAAUGUAAGCAAGCUUCUGAAUGAGGUGCUCCCCCAUCAGAGAGAGGAUGCAGUCAACUCUUUGGCCUACGAAGCGGAGGCCCGGAUGAAAGAUCCGGUGUAUGGAUGCGUAGGAGCCAUCUCAGUCCUCCAAAGGCAAGUCAUUCGCCUCCAGAAGGAGCUGGACGCCACAAAUGCUGAUCUCAUCCGCUAUGCAGCAAGCAGCUGCAACAAUCUUGAAAUUCCAAUUGCAUCCCAGUCCGGGAGGACUAGGACUAAUAGUAAUACGGGUCAUGGAGGAGGGUCUCUUGGUCAAAAUCCUGGGUUGUAUUUUUCUUCUCCAUGGAAUAGAUCAGACUCUUACGGAGGAGAUAGAAACGAGAGAGGAGGAGGAUGA